AAUGCUGCAAAACACCAACGAAGGAGAAGAAGGAGAAGGAGAAAGCUUGCUAGUCGUGUAGUAAACUUCUGCACAGUGUUUGUAUGAGCAGAAAUAAAAGAAUGAAACUUUAAACACUUCAUGAUGUGUAACCUGUCGGUCCUGAGGGCGCUGGUGGAGGAGAGACUGGCUGCAGCUGCAGAGGAGAUCUUCAGCUCUGUGGAGAGGAUGAUAACAGAGGAAUGGAAACUAACAGUAUCAGAGAUGUCAACUGUACAGCAGAGAGCAGCUGUACACAAGCGUUUGUCAGAGGUUGCAGAUGAGAUCUUCAGGAUCCUGGCGGUAAUGAUUGGUGAAAAUGAGUCUGAGAUCUCAGGAUUCAAUGAAGAGGUCGCUUAUCAACAGGGACUGCUGGACACCACAAUCAAAACAGAGACAGAUGAAGACAUCACAGAGAGACUCUCCGGUUCAGACUUAGAGCGAGACAUUUCAUCUGAGCAAGAGGAGAGAAGUAGCAUCUUUGAGGUCCAGGAGACUCUGAGUCUGCAGCAGAUUGAAGACAUGUCCACAGAGACAGACUCUGAGUUGAUCCACGCUAAGCCCUCACAUCUUCAGCAGAGAGCAGAAAGAACACUCCCAGCACUCAUUUUUCAAGUGAAGAAGGAAGAAACUGAUGAUUAUGAAGAAUACCACCUGAAACCUCUCGAAGACAACGUCUGCAGGAGUCACUCAGAGGAGAGACGGAUGGACGCAGAGAGCUGUGAUGCUGAGAGCAGAGAGGGUGAAAGUGAGGGAACUGACGUUUAUGAUGAUAAUGAUGAUGAUGAUGAAGACUGGGAGGCUAAAAAAAGAACUAACAAAGAAUCGCACAGGCAGAAGUUUUACUGUAAAGUGUGCGGGAAGUCUUUCUCUUUCAGAGGCUCCUUCAUAAAACACGUGAAAAAAGAGGAGGAUGAUAAAGACAUCUGUGGAGUGUGUGGGACACGCUUUGAGUCUAAUGAGAGCUUGAAGCUUCACCUGCAAACGUACAGACAAAAAAAUGACUGUGAGGUUUGUGGUAAAACAUGUGUCGGCCCAAAGCGCCUGGAGAUGCACAUGAGGGCGCACACAGGAGAGAAGCCGUACACCUGCAGCGUCUGCGGGAGAGCCUUUGCUCAGAAAGGAACCCUGAAGGUUCACAUGUGGGUCCACCUCAAGGAGCGGCUGGAAGUUUGCAGCAUCUGUGGACAGAGCUUCAGCCCGAGUCAGAGAUCAGAACAGAUCCCAGAUCUUUGUGGAGUCUGCGGUGAACAUCGGGACUCUGAUGAGAGCUUAAGGAUGCAUUCAGAGAUGCAGAACAACAACGUGAACCCGAGCAGGGAUCAGACUGAGACCUUAGAUGCUGAGAGGAAAGAUGGAGAUGUUGACAAUGAUGUUAGGGAAUCCAACAGAGUAGAAAGUGAUGCCCGAGGCGUGAAGACUCAAAAAGAGGCUAUAAAUAUGAUCCUGAACAAUUUCUGUAAAGUGUGUGGGAAAUCUUUCGGCUUCAAAGCUCGGCUCAUAAAACACGUGAGAGAUGAAGAGAGGGAUGGAGAUGUUUGCGGUGUGUGUGGCAAACAUUUUGAGUCUAAGGAGAGCUUGAUACUUCACCUGAGCGCUUACAUCCCGACAAAUGACUGUGAGGUGUGUGGUAAGAAAUUUGAUGGCCCAAAACACCUGGAGAUGCACAUGAGGAAGCACACGAGAGAGAAGCCGUACGUAUGCAGCAUCUGCGGGAAAGCCUACGCUCUAAAAGGAACCCUGAAGGGACACAUGAGAACCCACAAGGGAGAGAUGAUGUGCGUCUGCAGCGUGUGUGGUCUGAGCUUCAGACGGACUCAGGGGUUUAAACGGAGACCAAUAGUGUGUGAAGCUUGUGGAAAGCAUAAGGAGAGCUUGGAGAGUGAAGCACACAACAGCACUGAGGAGGGAAGGGAGAGUGAACCAUCCAAAUAUGAGGCCCAAGAAUUGUACAAACUGAAAGUUGCAAGUCCACAGUAUUUCUGUAAAGUGUGCGGGAAGUCUUUCUCUUUCAGAGCCUCCUUCAUGAAACACGUAAGAAAAGAGGGGGAUGAUAAAGACAUCUGUGGAGUGUGUGGGACACAUUUUGACUCUAAUGAGAGCUUGAAGCUUCACCUGCAAACUUACAGCCAAACAAACGACUGUGAGGUUUGUGGUAGAAAGUGUUUUUCCCCACAGAACCUGGAGGUGCACAUGAGGACACACACGGGAGAGAAGCCGUACGUCUGCAGUGAGUGUGGGAAAGCCUUUGCUCAGAAAGGAACCCUGACCAAUCACAUGAUUACCCACUCAGGUGAGAAGCCGUACUCCUGCGCAGUGUGCGGUCAGAGCUUUAAGUCUAAGUGGUAUUUGAGGAUUCACAUGAGCACCCACACGGGGGAGAGGCCGUUCCCCUGCGGCAUCUGCGGGAAAAGAUUCAGGCAGAAGGGGGGUUUGACGGCACACAUGCUGCUCCACACGGGAGAGCUGAAGCACGCCUGCCUCGUGUGCGGGAAGAAGUUCGUGGCGAACGCCGCGUUGAAGAUCCACAUGAGGUCACACACGGGGGAGAAGCCGUUCCCCUGCAGUGUCUGCGGGAAGAGAUUCAGGCAAAGCGGGGGGCUGACGAUUCACAUGAAGUCCCACACGGGGGAGAGGCCGUUUGCGUGUGACGUCUGUGGGAAGAGCUACAAGACGGGCCGUUUGCUCAACACACACAUGGGAAAGCAUAAAGGUGCAGAGAACCACAGCUGCAGUGUUUGGCAAAAAGUGCAAGUCGAAGGAGAAUCUGAAGAAACACAGGAAGACUCACAGAGAUGAAUCCACCAUUCUUUGAUGCUCAGAUUGUGUGAGUCUGAAAAAAGACGACAUAAAGUUAGUCAAUUCAACAAGAUAAUUUAUUCUAAAAAAGAAGGAUGCUACUCAAUUCUGUGUUAAAAAUAAAACAUGAUGUUACCUUGCGCUCCCACUUAUCUUGUAUUGUUUGAGUCACACACAUGUUGCUUAUAAUAAACCAACAGUUCAGGAAACAUC